GGGAAGUGGAAGUGAUGUCAACGCUCACCCAUGUCAAUCUUGCUAAGCUCCUCUACUAUUGCCGGGAAGGAGAUGAGUGGAUACUAGUCUACGAGUGGAUGGAGAAAAAAAGUUUGAAUCUUUACAUAUUUGGAGAAGAAGGACUCCGUUCCUCACUGAGUUGGGCGCAAAGACGGGAAAUAAUUCGAGGUGUGGCCAUAGGUGUUGAAUUUCUUCACGGCAGAGGAUUCAUUCACAGGGAUCUAAAACCUGCGAACAUACUUGUCAGUGAUACGUGGGUUCCAAAGAUAGCAGACUUUGCCACCGCAAAGCUAUUUAUUGACGAGCAGACAGAUUUGACAUUAGUACAGACACGGGGAUAUGUGGCUCCAGAGUAUAUAGGGGAAGGGGCCCUGACGUACAAGUGUGAUGUAUAUAGCUUCGGAGUCGUUUUGCUGGAGACAGUCAGUGGCAAAAGGAGAACAAGCAAUGCAAUGUUCCUUCCUGAUGCCUGGGAAUUGUGGAAUCAAUGUAAGAGCGGGGAGCUUCUUGAUGUGGCGGUGGGUGGUGAACCUGAAGGUGAAGUCUUGUCGGGGCUACUCAGAUGCAUCCAGAUUGGCCUUCUCUGCGUGCAGUAUUUGCCAGAGCAUAGACCUUCAAUGUCUGAAGUUGUGGCAAUGCUAAACAACAGCUCACAGCUCCCCAGGCCACUGAAACCCACACCAAACAGCAGACCGGGACCGGGCGCAUAG